GUUUAGAAGUGAACAUUGACAUUGUUGUAUGACUUGCUUACUGCUCCAACUCCGAGUCUACUCCACCCAGUCGUUCAUUCGUUCGAUCGAUGAAAGAAGGAUGAGAUUGAUGAAUUACUGUUAUGCCGUCUUCCUGUUGCUCAACCUUCUUGUUCCUCUUACUUCCGGAAAAUCUGAUGGAGUUUGUAUCUCUCCGGGUGGUCGCUUCCCCCCAUUUUCAAAUGAAGGGAAACCUCCAAGAAGAGUAAACAGGGGCCCUAAGGAUUUGACUCUUUGCCGUGUGUUCCGUAAAAAGACAUGCUGUGAUGUAGCCCAGACACAUCCAGCUUUGUUAUCCAUCAGGAGGCUGGCUGUAACAGGGGAGGCAAGCCAAGAGUGCUUGCUAUUGUGGGAAUUGUUGGAAUGUUCUAUUUGUGAUCCUCAAGUUGGUACACAGCCUGGACCUCCUCUCAUAUGUGCCUCUCUUUGUGAUAGAGUGCAUAAAGCUUGCUCUGAUGCGUACUUCUCUGUGGAUGCAAAGACACAGGUGCUAGCACCCUGUGGAGUAAAUGACUUUGUUUGCGGUAGAGCUUCUGAAUGGACCUCAAAUGGCACAGAGCUCUGUAGGGCUGCAGGUUUUGCUGUUAUGCCAGCCCCUGAUGUGGAAGAAACAUGCUAUGGUGGGAAGACUAGUUUUGAUUCUGUUGCCGAUUCAUGGCAAACUUCACAAUCUGGGGUGUCAGAGAAGGCUGAGAGCUUUGGAUGGUGGCAAGAUUUCCAGCAAUGGCUUAGGGCAAUGCCAUUCAGCGAGAAAGUUUGUUGGGCAGUAGGAGGAAUGGUUCUUACUGCAGGGCUUAUCUUUGCAAGUAAAAGGAAGAGCCGUAGUCAACGCCAAAAGCAAGCAGCUAUUCGACGCACCGCUAGGAAACUGGAAUCCAAAAUAAACCAACAAUCUCCUGUUGCUCAAGGAAAUAGGAGAGGAAGUGGAAGAUAAAUGCCUUCCCCAAAUUUGAGCAAAUUGUUCUGAAAGUUGGUUCACAGGUUCCUGGUUUGUCAAUUUGGACAAACACAAAUAGCAGCCUAGGGUUCAAAGUUGACAGAAGAUGGGCUCAACCUCAAGAGUUUUAAAAAGUCUGCCUGCCGUGGAUGAAUUCAAUCUCUCAUCCACUUGUGACUUGGACAGGGGCAUUGUAAACAACGGGUAUGGCACGUUGUCUUCAUUUUUCUGGAGGUGGCUGCUUUAGCCUUUGUGGUGGCUUCAUCUUAUUUUAGUUGUAAGAGUAGAAAGGUCUCUUAGAAAAUCCAUCCAUGCUAACUCAUCACCCUGGUACGCUAACCAGUAUUCAACCUAUAAAUAUGUUUGUUUUUUGCCUUUUUUUUUUCUGCUGCCCCUGCAGAAAUUUGUGAACAGGAACUUGCCCACAUGGACGUUCAGUUCCUACUUUUCUGUCCUCUAAUCGUUGUAGUUGAGUCUGAAAGAAUUGCUGCUUCUGUUGUAUGCAUGAAUGCAAUAAAGACGUUUGUUCAUUAGUUUGUUUGAGAAUAAAUAAGCACAUAAAAUGAGUAUAAAUUAUGAUAA